AUGUUCUCCAAGAUUGCCGUGGCUCUGGCCACUGUCUCGCUCGUGUCUGCUCAGACCUGGUCUGACUGCGACCCCCGUGUCAAGACCUGCACGCCCAACCCUGGCUUCGGCAAGGAUGGCGCCAACUGCGACUUCACUCGCGGUGCCUGCGAUGCCUUCCACACCAUGGACGGCAAGGCCGUGACGUACGACUCGCGCGGCGCCCUCGCCGCCAUGGACGGCGCCCCCCAGGCCCCGACCCUGCGCAGCGACAAGUACCUCUUCUUCGGCCGCGUCGAGGUGGAGCUGCAGGCGGCCGGCGGCAAGGGCAUCAUAACCUCGCUGGUGCUGCAGUCCGACACGCGCGACGAGAUCGACUUUGAGACGGUCGGUUUCGACAACAAGCAGAUCCAAUCCAACUACUUCUCCAAGGGCAACGACUCCGACUUCACCCGCGGCGGCUUCCACGCCAUCGACAACCCCUUCGGCGCCAUUCACAAGUACACCUUCGAGUGGACCCCCGAGAAGAUCGACUGGAUCAUCAACGGCGCCGUGGUGCGCACCCUGACCCGCACCUCCGUCGGCGCCGCCUUCCCGCAGAGCCCCAUGCAGGUCAAGCUCGGCGCCUGGGUCGCCGGCUACGAGGGUGGCCGCCCGGGCACCAUCAAGUGGGCCGGCGGCAUCGCCGACUUCUCCCAGGGCCCCUCCAUCGCCAUCUACAAGAGCAUCAAGAUCGUCGACUACGCCGGCGGCAGCACCGCCACCAGCAAGGACGUCAAGGAGUACGUCUACACUGACAAGACGGGCGACGCCCAGAGCAUCAAGAUCAAUCUCAAAGACGGCACCAGCAUCGACGGCGGCAACGGCGGCUCCUCCUCCGCUUCCGCUUCUGCCUCGACCUCCGCCUCCAAGACGAGCUCCGUCCAGUCGAGCACCACCUCGGCUGCCUCCGCCACUACCGUCGUCACCUCUUCCACCAAGAACUCCAGCGCCACCGUGACUUCGUCGCCCAGCUCUGCGGUCAACGGUACCAACACCACCGUCCUCACCACCGCGUCGCGCACCUCUACCAGCUCUACCACUGCGUCCGCCGUCCCUACCAGCGCUGCUUCUGGCGCCGGUGCCGCCUUUGGCGUCGCUGCGCUCUUCCUCGCUGUUCUCGCUAUCUAA